ACCAGCGUAAAAUGAAUUUGAGGCGGAAUGACGGGUGUCUGAACACAACCAAAGAUUAACUUCGCAAACGGCGACAGGUUCGAGCUCAGAUAAGGGCUUGAUAAUGACCCAUGGCAAUGACUGCUGUACAGCAGCAGAAGAUGGAGUCGAGAGCGACCAGCAGCAGCAGCAGCAGCAGCCUCUCAUUCUGGAAAGAGUGGAGAAAGAAAAGGCUAAAAACUGGCAAUCCAUUGUCUCACAUCGGCUGAAGAAACACUGCUUGUGCACCCAAAAGAAAGCAAAAUCCAAAAUCCUGGGCUUUGCCCCAAUUCUGAAGUGGCUGCCACGCUACCAGCUAAGGAAAUGGUUGCUGGGCGAUGUCAUGUCAGGGCUGAUAGUUGGAAUCCUAUUGGUCCCCCAGUCCAUAGCCUACUCCUUAUUGGCCAGUCAGGAACCCAUAUACGGCCUCUAUACAGCUUUCUUUUCUUCCAUCAUCUAUGCCAUCUUAGGCACUUCUAAACACAUCUCAGUGGGCAUCUUUGGGGUGCUCUGCCUGCUUGUUGGUCAGGUUGUGGAUAGGGAGUUAGCUUUGGCAGGUUACCUCACAGAAACCAGCAGCAUCAGUGGUAACAAUAGUGCCAUUGUGCUGGCUGGCCAGGGGAAUAACAGUGUUGGGGGGGGAUGUGACAGAAGCUGCUAUGCAAUCAAAGUAGGAGCUACAGUUACCUUCACUGCUGGAAUUUACCAGGUGCUAAUGGGCAUUUUCCAGGUUGGCUUCGUCUCAGUCUAUCUCUCUGACUCCCUUCUCAGUGGCUUCGCUACAGGAGCCUCCUUGACCAUCCUCAGUUCACAGUUAAAGUACCUUCUGGGCCUGCAGAUCCCCAGGCCCCAGGGCUGGUUCACUCUGUUUAAGACCUGUUACAGCUUGCUCAACAACUUGGGAAACACAAACAUGUGUGACCUGGUGACCAGUUUGGUGUGCUUGCUGAUCCUGAUACCUACCAAGGAACUAAAUGAUCGCUUCAAAGCCAAGCUAAAGGCUCCAAUUCCCUUUGAGCUCUUUGUGGUGAUAAUUGCAACACUGGCUUCUCACUUCGGCCACUUCAACAGUGAUUAUGGGUCGAGUGUGGCUGGUGACAUCCCCACAGGCUUCCUCCCUCCCCAGCUGCCCAUGUGGAGUCUGAUCCCCAGUGUGGCUGUUGACGCUUUCUCCAUUGCCAUUGUGGGAUUUGUCAUCACUGUUUCGCUGUCAGAGAUGUUUGCCAAGAAGCACGGCUACGCGGUGGACGCCAACCAGGAGAUGUACGCCAUCGGCUUCUGCAACAUCCUGCCAUCGUUCUUCCGCUGCUUCACCACCAGCGCUGCACUGACUAAGACUCUUGUCAAGGAGUCAACAGGGUGCCAGACUCAGAUGUCAGGGCUGGUCAGCGCCCUCGUCCUGCUGCUGGUGUUGCUGGUGAUAGCGCCGCUCUUCUAUUCCCUUCAGAAAUGUGUGUUAGCGGUCAUCAUUGUGGUAAACCUCCGCGGAGCUUUACAAAAAUUCACCGACAUUCCCCGCAUGUGGCGUGUCAACCAUGUCGAUGCCUCUAUCUGGGUUAUCACUAUGGCAACUACGGCGCUGGUCAACACAGAGCUGGGUCUCCUUGUGGGGGUUUUGGUGUCGGCCUUCUGCGUCCUUGGCCGAACCCAGCAAGCACAGGUCUUGGAGCUUGGUCGGGCUACAAGCAGGGAGCAUUACGAGGACCUGUCGUCAUACCACGGCCUUCAAACACAUUCCGGAGUGACUGUUUUUAGAUACCAGGCUCCAAUUUACUACGCCAACCAGAGCUUGUUCAAGAAAUCUCUAUACAGGUGUGCAGGGUUUGAUCCUGUCAAGGAGAAAACCCGCCGUAUAAAGUUCAAGAAGAAGAAUAAACUUCAGGGAGAGGUCCCAAAUAUGAAGUCGGAGGAGAAGGAGCAUGCAGGUAAAGAUGAUGAGGUUGACUCCGGUGCGACUAUAACUUUGAUGCUCAACAAGAAAUAUUCUUUACGCAGCUUGGUGAUCGACUGCAGCGCCAUCUUGUUUCUAGAUACUGCUGGAGUGAAUGCUCUGAAAGAGGUCAGCAAAGAUUUUGGAGAACUUGGGAUCAAGGUUGUCCUGGCCCAGUGUAAUGCUACAGUGCUGGAUGAUCUGGAAAGAGGGGGAUACUGCCCCGACAAAAAAGGAUGUGAUGGGGGAGAGAAUAAAAUGACGUUCUUCACCAUUGCAGAUGCUGUCCGCUAUGUCCAAAGCCUCUCAGCUCUGAACGGAGAUUAUGACAGCAAAUGCUAAAAAGAUAAUCUACCUGCCACAUACAUCUCACUUACUACAAAAGAAUAAUCCAUUCUUGCAUAUGUGCCUUGUAAUGCUACAGGGAUUUAUUGAAGUUGUUCCUGAGUGCAGUUAUCCUUCAUAACUGCUGCAGACAAAUCUUUAUUUAAUACUGUCUCAGAAUGUUAAAUGCUAAAAAGGUCUUCCUUAUAGAACUGGAGCAGAAGUACAUGGUAAAAGUGACACUCCAUAAUUUAUACUUCGCUUUGAGAAACAAUUUCUCUCUCUCUAUUGCGCAUACACACCCAAAUGUGCUCAGUGGCCCACCAAUGCAGCAUAGACAGGGUCAUUUAGGAUCACAUCCCAACUGGAUUUAAAAUUGUGACCCUGAAACUGAAAAGUUGCAUAUAAUGUAGAAGUACAAUGGUAGUACAGUUCAAUCUACUGUACAACAUAGUACAUUAUUAAUCACGCAUCACUGUUUUAUUCCAUUAUUAAAGCCACAUGCAGAGUGGCUGUAAACUUUUAUCUCAGCAAGGACCAUAGAGGAAAAUUUUUUUUUUUUAAUAUUUUAUAAA